AUGAUCCACCGCGAAGUAGCCGAUGGUCUAGAGCGUCUUUGGAACGUAAGAGUAAACUGCAUAUGGGAAGCCGAUGAAAGUAGUCGCCAUGGAGAGGUUUAUAUAUUCGACCAUGUAUUUAAUCAGGAAUGUACAAAUUCAGAUGUAUAUGGAUCUGUAGUAAAACCUUUAGUCGAUUCCUUCAUGGAAGGUUUCAAUGCCACAAUAUUUGCAUAUGGCCAAACAUCUUCUGGCAAAACACACACCAUUUUGGGCAAUAAAACAGAUCCUGGGCUUUUCCAAUUAGUAUCCAAUCAGUUAUUCCAGCAUGUGGCAGACCAGGUUGAUAAGAGGUACUUGAUUAGAUGCAGUUAUAUUGAAAUCUACAAUGAAAAGAUCAAUGACCUCCUGGAUAAGAGCAAUCAGGGUUUAACUAUGAGAAGAUAUCAAAGGAAAUGUGCUGCAAGGGAAGCUGUCGUAGACAAUGUUGAUAAAGUUAUGGAGAACAUGAUGCAGGGCAAUAAGAUCAGACGAGUUGCAGCUACUCGCAUGAAUGAGAGGUCAUCUCGAUCACACACGAUUUUCCGGAUUAUUCUGGAGUCGAAAGAUGCCAAUCAGAAAGAUGGACCUGUACAUAUAAGCUACCUUAACUUAAUGGACUUAGCUGGUUCUGAGAGAGUUUCUCUGACGAAAGCUGCUGGUGAGCGUCUUAAAGAGGGGGCUAACAUAAACAAAUCUUUGUCAGUAUUAGGAAAUGUGAUAAGGCAACUAAGCGAGGGGAAGGAGUUUAUCAGUUAUCGCGAUUCGAAAUUGACUAGACUGCUCUCACAGGCUCUUGGCGAUGUAUAUGGAUCUGUAGUAAAACCUUUAGUCGAUUCCUUCAUGGAAGGUUUCAAUGCCACAAUAUUUGCAUAUGGCCAAACAUCUUCUGGCAAAACACACACCAUUUUGGGCAAUAAAACAGAUCCUGGGCUUUUCCAAUUAGUAUCCAAUCAGUUAUUCCAGCAUGUGGCAGACCAGGUUGAUAAGAGGUACUUGAUUAGAUGCAGUUAUAUUGAAAUCUACAAUGAAAAGAUCAAUGACCUCCUGGAUAAGAGCAAUCAGGGUUUAACUAUAAGAGAAGAUAUCAAAGGAAAUGUGCUGCUUGAUGCAAGGGAAGCUGUCGUAGACAAUGUUGAUAAAGUUAUGGAGAACAUGAUGCAGGGCAAUAAGAUCAGACGAGUUGCAGCUACUCGCAUGAAUGAGAGGUCAUCUCGAUCACACACGAUUUUCCGGAUUAUUCUGGAGUCGAAAGAUGCCAAUCAGAAAGAUGGACCUGUACAUAUAAGCUACCUUAACUUAAUGGACUUAGCUGGUUCUGAGAGAGUUUCUCUGACGAAAGCUGCUGGUGAGCGUCUUAAAGAGGGGGCUAACAUAAACAAAUCUUUGUCAGUAUUAGGAAAUGUGAUAAGGCAACUAAGCGAGGGGAAGGAGUUUAUCAGUUAUCGCGAUUCGAAAUUGACUAGACUGCUCUCACAGGCUCUUGGCGAUGUAUAUGGAUCUGUAGUAAAACCUUUAGUCGAUUCCUUCAUGGAAGGUUUCAAUGCCACAAUAUUUGCAUAUGGCCAAACAUCUUCUGGCAAAACACACACCAUUUUGGGCAAUAAAACAGAUCCUGGGCUUUUCCAAUUAGUAUCCAAUCAGUUAUUCCAGCAUGUGGCAGACCAGGUUGAUAAGAGGUACUUGAUUAGAUGCAGUUAUAUUGAAAUCUACAAUGAAAAGAUCAAUGACCUCCUGGAUAAGAGCAAUCAGGGUUUAACUAUGAGAAGAUAUCAAAGGAAAUGUGCUGCUUGA